AUGGAGCGCUACAUCACGGAGUUGCUCGUGGCAGGCUUGAUUCGCCCUUCCUCUUCACCUGUCACGGCCAAGUUUUUCUUUGUGGCUAAAAAGGAUAAGUCUCUGCGGCCAUGCAUAGAUUAUCAGGUCCUGAACCAGAUCACUGUGAAAAACAAGUAUCCUUUGCCGUUGCUUUCCUCUGCCUUUGAGCUGCUUCAAGAUACACCCCAUGAUGGCUGUGUCAUCUGCAAACUUCUGAAUGUGGCAUACUUCAGAGUUGUAGCAGAAGUCAGAGGUGUACAGGUGAAGAGAAGAGGGGACAGCACAGUUCCCUGUGGUGCUCCUGUGCUGCUGACCACAGUGUCAGACGUGAUGUCCUUCAGCCUGACGUACUGUGGUCUGUCGGUGAGGUGUGAGUGGGCUCUAUGCAGGAGGUAUCUGGUGCGUAUCAGGGAGGGGGAUGAGUGGAAAACUGCAUUCAACACCCACUUGAGCCACUUUGAAUACCUCGUGAUGCCUGUGCUUGCGGAGCACCAAGUUCACGUGAGGGAGGUCCUCAAAUGCCUUCUGGAGAACCGGCUCUUUGUGAAGGGGGAGAAGUGCAAGACCGACCUUCCAAAUCGUUGGCAGCUGCAAUGUUUUUUGGGAUUUGCAAACUUUUACAGGCAAUUCAUUCGUGAUUUCAGUACAAUCACUUUCCCACUCACUAAACUUACUUCUCCCAAAGUUUCUUUCCAGUGGGAUUCUGCUGCGCAGCAUGCCUUUACCCUGCUCAAGGAGAGGCUUUCUGCAGCGCCCAUUCUCAGUCAACCGGACCUCACCCGGCAGUUUAUUGUGGAGGUGGAUGCAUCGGACUCCGGAGUGGGAGCGGUCCUGUCCGAGCAGGAGGAUGGCAAGCUCCACCCAUGUGCCUUCUACUCUUGCCACCUCUCUCCUGCAGAAUGUAAUUAUGACAUCAGAGACUGGGAACUAUUGGCCAUCAAGCUCGCCCUGGAGGAGUGGAGGCACUGGUUGGAGGGAGCAGCGCAGCCAUUCAUCAUGUGGACGGAUCAUAAGAACCUGGAGUACCUUCGUUCGGCCAGACGCCUCAACUCUCGGCAGGCCAGGUGGGCUUUGUUUUUUACACGCUUUGAUUUCACUAUCACCUACAGGCCGGGGUCGUGGAAUAUGAAGCCAGAUGCCCUUUCCCGGCAGUUUGUCAGCACGGAGGAGGAAUCGGACCCUGGACCCAUCCUCCCGUCCGCCUGUGUUAUUGGGCAGUUUUAUGGGAGAUCGAGUCGCUCAUCCAGGAGGCACAAGAAUCUGAGCUGGACCCGGGAACCGGCCCGCCCGGCCGCCUCUUCAUUCCUACAUCUGUUCACCCUCAAGUUCUCCAGUGGGCUCACACCGCCCAUUUCUCGUGCCACCCGGGGGUCCUCCGCACUGUAUCCUUCCUCCGAAGCUACUUUUGGUGCCCCUAAUCGUCCUCCCCCGGGCCUUCUUCAGCCUCUCCCCACACCGGCUCGCCCAUGGUCACAUAUCUCCCUGGAUUUCAUCACUGGAUUACCGCCCUCUUCAGGUAACACCGCAAUACCAUCUGCUCAUGUCGACCAUUUCUCCAAAGCCACUCAUUUCGUCGCCCUUCCGAAACUUCCCACGGCCCUGGAGACAGCUCGGCUCCUCACCGCCCAGGUGUUCCGGCUCCACGGGAUCCCCGAGGAUGUCGUCUCGGACAGAGGGCCGCAGUUUACGUUCCUAGUGUGGAGGGAGUUCUGCUCCGCUCUGGGAGCAAAGGUCAGUCUCUCUUCCGGGUUUCACCUACAGAGUAAUGGACAAUCUGAGCAGGCUAACCAGGAGCUUGAGGCUGCCCUCCGCUGCGUCGCCUCCCAUAACCAAUUGACCUGGAGUGAACAGCUUCCGUGGAUUGAAUACGUGCAUAACAGCCACACCUCCACUGCCACGGGCAAGUCUCCUUUUGAAGCAUCCCUGGGAUACCAACCGCCUUUGCUUCCUGCUAUCGAAGAACUGAACAAGGCGCUCGCUGACCACCGUCGGACGCCAGCCCCGGCGUAUGCUGUGGGACAACAGUUACCGCACAACAUGCGCAUUCAUAACGUGUUUCAUGUGUCCCAGGUCAAGCCGGUGCUCUCCAGCCCGUUGUGUUCCCGCAACCGUUUGUGA